UAUUAUGCUACUGGCUGCGAUAAGGAUACUGGGCAACUGGAACUUUAACAGAUUACAAAUGACAUUGGGAAAUACCAAGAAAUAUUGAGUCGAAAUGUAAACACUUGACGGAGCCUUUAAAUAUCCGGCCACAGAUUUGGCUCGCUUCAGAAAUUGUUUUUCAGCCAAAAGCUUCAGAAGUCUAUAAUUGAGGUUUUGAGGUUUCAAGUUGUUUUUGAGACCGGCUGUGACUGUACACAAAAUGGCAUCAAGAGCAUCGGUAGUGAAUUGUUUGGUGAUUGUACUGUUACAUCUUCUAGCAUGUACAAGUGGAGAGACGACACUUGAAAUCUUUAUUGAGGAUGGCGACGUUGACAAUCUUGAAGAAGGGGACAAUGUGACCAUGAGGUGUGAGUGCAGGGACUUGGGAGCAGAUAGCUACGUUAUCUGGCAACACGGCACCGUGAACCUUGCCACUUCGGACCGGUUCACCAUCACCGCCGAAGAGCUUGGAGGACGGGGUGAUACGUCUCUAGACAAGGCUUGUACGUUGGCCAUCUCACCGGUGGUGGAGGAGGACAGGGGUCUGUACCGAUGCCGGAUCGUCGAGAACAACCCGGAGUUUGGGGAGCGUGUGAUUGAAACAGAAGAGGUAACUUUGACUGUAUUCACCUUUCCGAACGACACCAACCCGCAGUGUUCACCGAGCGGGCCGACAACCUUAAAUAGCGGCGAUGUGUUGGCGAUGACUUGUUCAACCUACCCGGGUCACCCCGCAGUGAAUGUCACCAUUGCACCGUCCGACGUGACAUUUCGUGACACGCAGUGGAACACGGUGACAAGUAACGAAGGAACAAUCGUACGUAGUUUAAACUGGGAGGCAAGACUUGCCCAAGAUGGGGCAGUGAUUCAGUGCAGUAUAACAAGCACACGCUUUCCGUCAAACACAAGAACUUGCGUCAUCGGACCGAUAACCGUCAACGAGAGGCCGGUAUCUACACCGUCUAUCGCACCGCAACCACCCACGACUCGCCUCCUCAGCACCAUGGUCCCCGUUCGUCCCGAAGAAUUCUCUACUUUACCUCCCAAACCAACCAUGCAACAAAUCUCAGCAGGCUUCCCCUGGCUGUACGCGUUCUUGGUUUGUGCUGCUCUGCUGGCCCUCGCUAUUGCCAUCAACAUCAUCACGUGUGCGGUAGUCCUCAAAUAUAAAAAGGCCCGAGACAUUUACAAGGUGACAAAGGCCCAAGAAGCCUUCAUCGAGAAACAGAAAUCGAAAAACGGGAACUUGAGACUGAAUGGGAUUGAUAACACUCAGUUUUAUCCAGAGACAGUUGUUACUAUAUCGAGCAGUUCUCCUCUGUGACAUGACUCUG